AUGUCAGAUGCCGUUUGUGAAUGUCCUGAAGGUUAUUACUACAGCCGGCGCAAGAAAGGCAACUAUGAGGCAUGUUUUCCCCACACUAAGUGUGUUAAAGGUUAUGGGGUCACGCGGUUUGGAACCAAGACAAAUAACACUAUUUGUGAAGCGUGUCGCCCUGGCUGUAUGUAUUCCGACGUGACGUCUGCCACCGACCGCUGUAAGAGCUGCAGCUCGUGUGGUCCGUUCGAUGUUCUCCUGGAGUGCGGCGCCACCCACAACACCGUAUGUGGAAUUCAGAGGAGUUCCGAUAACUUUAAUUUGAACAAAACUCUAGGAUUGCAGAACAUACGUGGUCCGGACUUCCCCCUGGUGGUCGUGCUGGUGCUGGUGUUUUCCAUUGUAUUAUUUGUACUGAUCCUCGUGCUGAUUAAGCUAUAUUGCUGGCGGCAAAAGUACAACGUGAUGAAGGGGAUGAACGGAACACUGAACGCCUCCCAUCUCUACACCGACCAUUCCUCGUUACAGUACGCUUACGCCCAUGACGGAAUGUCAUCAUUCUACUUCAGCGACGCAUCGAGUAUCGCGCCAAGUAUGAGCCCCAGAGGAUUGCCGUAA